AUUCAGAAGAUCUGUCCCAGAAGACUUCAUUGCACCCUUGGAGCUCCAGCAGAAACAGUUUGGCUUAGUGGAUGAUUAUGGCCUUCAACCACGCCAUCCCAAAUUCCAGAUACGGAAACAACGUAAGGAGUCAGAAACACUGCACAGAACACAUAAAAGCAAAAGGGAUGAACCCAAUGUUGAAGAGUAUUAUUACGAUGACCUCCUUUGAAAGUGGCAAGAGAACAUGCUGUAUAGCCAAAUGCAUAUAGCAAUAAUCCCCAUCCUGUUACUUAACGCUAUUCUAAAAACUCUCCCUGCAGCUCUGUAUGCACCCCUAUCAUAAACACAAUAUUUUAAGGUGA